GGACCGGCGCCGGGGACAGAGAACCCGGGACACCGGAACAGCGGGACCGGCACGAGGACAGCGACCGUGGCACGGGGACACCGGUACGGCGACAGUGUUACUUGCUCAGGGACAUUGACACCGGCACGGGAAACGGGGACAGCGAUACCAGCAACGGCAUCGGGACCCUGAUACCAGGACAGGAACGGGGACGGUGAUACUGGAACAGUGAUACCGGCACUGGGUCAGGGGCGGGAACAGCGAUACCGGCACCAGCGCAUCUGCAGCCGGGAGCAGCCUCGGCUGGGUGACCCUGCUGGAGCUGAACGCAGGGAGAGGCUCCCCUGGGGGGGGCACCCCCGCCAUGGAGUCCCCCGCCCGUGUCUGCUCCUGCGGCUCCCCUGCCUCUGACAGCGAGGUCGAGGCUGGCAGCUCCCCCCGGAGCCCCCCCAAAGCUGAGCGCAGCCGCAAGCGCCCGGGGGGGCUGGACCGAGCACCCCCUGAAUCGCCGCCAUCACCCCGCGGGGGGAAGCGCCCGCGGAAAGGGGAGGGAGGGGAUGUCCCUCCCAGCGACGGUGAUCGCCUCUUUGCCCAAAAGUGCCGGGAGCUCCGGGGCUUCAUCCGGCCGCUGGCGGAGCUGCUGGAGGGGCUGCGGCGGGGCCGGUACGACAGAGGGCUGAGCAGCUUCCAACAGAGCGUGGCCAUGGACCGGCUGCAGCGGAUCAUUGGGGUCCUGCAGAAGCCAGAGAUGGGCGCCCGGUACCUGGGGACGCUGCUGCAGGUGGAGGCGAUGCUGCGGCUCUGGUUCCCCCACGUCUCCCCCAAACCCGCGCUGGACCCGGUCCCUGCCGCGGCUCCCCCGCGCCGCCGCCCCCCCGCCGGUCCCCCCGGGGCUCCCCGGUGCCGCCGCCUGCCCGGGGACCUCCCCGGGGACCUGCCUGUCGCCAGCCCCGCAGAGACCUUACAGCAGCGGGGGUCCCCCCAGUGCCAGGCCGGGACCCCCGAGUCCCCCCCGGCGCCGGACCCGGCCCUGCUGGAAGCAAUAAACGCCGCGGGAGCGGCCGGGGCCAUCCGGUGUCGUGUCCUCUGUCCCUUGGGAGGGCGCGGGUGGGUUCCUGUCCCUGGGCGGAUCCUGUCCCCAGGGGGCUCAGAGCCGUCCCCUCCGCUGUGGGACCCCGAGUGCCCGCGGUGCCUCCAGUCCCGGCUCCGGGCGGGCCUGGCGGGAGGGAGCGGCCCCCGGUCCCGGUCCCGCUCUGCCCCGCCGGAAGUUCCCGAGUACCGGAAGUUCCUCCCAACGGAAGUUCCGCCACAGCAACUUCCGGUCCGGGCGCGGAGCGGCCGCGGCUUCACCGGGGUCAGUUGGGGAAGGGAGCGGGACCGGGACCGGGACCUUUCGGCCGGGGCUCUGCCGGGAGCGGCCUGA